CUGCCUCCUGCGUAAAAAUUUUUCCUAAAUGGAUCGUGUUGGAGUGGAAACGCCAGGUUCUUAAACUUGUGAAGACUAGAACAGUUUUCGGGCCAGGAAAGAUAGGAAACUGUGAAACAAAAGUCUCAUCGACAAAGCUCAAAUUCGUUUCAAGAUAAACAAACUGGGUAAAUACUACAUCCAAAUUCGCAAGCAUCAGUGAAAGAGACAAGAUAGGCAUCUGGUUAAAUUAAUUAAUUGGAGUUCUAUCGGUAAAACAUAUAAACGUUUAUCACUGCUGAAUAUGUUCAAGAACACUUUUCAGUCUGGGUUCCUGUCCAUUUUAUACAGUCUUGGGAGCAAACCAUUGCAGAUAUGGGAUAAAGAAGUUGUCAAUGGUCAUAUAAAGCGACCUCAUGAUGAAGACAUUCAAUCCAAUGUACUUGAAAUAGUUGGAUCCAAUAUUCAGUCUACAUACAUUACAUGUCCUGCUGAUCCAUCCGCAACUCUUGGUAUAAAACUCCCAUUUUUGGUCAUGAUAGUGAAGAAUCUGGCAAAAUAUUUCACAUUUGAGGUUCAGAUUCUGGAUGAUAAGAACGUGCGACGGCGUUUUCGCGCUUCUAACUUUCAAGCUGUCACUCGAGCUAAGCCAUAUAUAUGUACCAUGCCAUUGAGGAUGGAUGAAGGUUGGAAUCAAAUCCAGUUGAAUCUGUCUGAUUUUACUAGAAGGGCAUAUGGAACCAACUACGUCGAGACAUUGCGAGUUCAGGUUCAUGCAAACUGCCGCCUGAGAAGAAUUUAUUUCUCAGAACGUCUAUACUCAGAGGAGGAACUCCCCCCUGAAUUUAAGCUCUACCUUCCAGUGCAGAAAGCAUGACGAAUUUCACUAUAUGAGGAUUGUUGUUAUAAUUCUGUACUUCAGGAAAAUCUUGGAUUCGUGUCUUUUAUAUUCUCUGUCAGUUAAACAUUUCCAUUUGAGUCGUUUUGUAGGACCAUGUAGUAUUCUAAUGUCAUGAGAUGGAAUUUCUUGAACCUAAGUUCUUUUUGGUAGUGGUAAAGUUGAAAUCACUUUCUCUCCAGUCGGAAACUGGUGGGAGUGAUGACCACUUGGCCAAGAGGCCAGGAUUGAAAUUAUGUGUUAGCUAACUGUUUAUAUGAAUCUUUGAAUGGUUUGGCCAAGAUUCAAGAUGGCUAAUGACCAUGAUUUUCUGAUUGCCUA